ACCAUCGUUUCAACAUCUGGGAAACGCACCAGCUUUUGCUGGUCUCUCCAGCACCAUCUAUGUGGUUUUCGAAAACAGAUCAAAACUCCUAGUUCAUCUCUCAACUCAAUCUCCCUCCGGCUGCCACCAAGUGCAAGUACAGACUACAACCGUUACAGACGCGCGCCGCUCCUUAACCCUGCCGUGACCAUUCUUCCGCUUCUAACAAGGAUCAUUCAAUGGCUUUCAGAAACACAUUCUACAACGAUCUUCUUCUAUACCAAAAAUUGGGUCAGUCUUGUUUUGGGAACCGUGGCAGAUUCUAUGCUACCAAAGUGGAUUUGAGGAAACUUCGACCCAUGAUUCUCAAGAGAAUUGAGAGACGUUCCCAACUUUACCCGGUUCGUGCUAUGAUUCCUGUUGCCAAUGAGGUGUUACUUGCUAGGAAUGUUCUCAUCCAUGGUGUUUCUACUCUCAUCAAUUCGUUUCCUCUCAUGGCUUGCAAAUUUUGUCCAGAGAUAUACAUUGGUGAGCAGGGGCAUUUAAUUCCGACUUGCCGGGGUUACAAGAGACGUGCCAAGAACCGGGUUCAUGAAUGGGUCAAAGGUGGUUUGAAUGAUAUACUUGUUCCUGUUGAGACAUUUCAUCUUAAUAACAUGUUCCAAAAUGUUAUUAGGCAUGACCAAAGGUUUGAUUUUGAUCGUAUCGCUGCUGUUGUUGAGCUAUGUUGGCAAGCAGGGGCUGAUGUCCCCCAUGAUGAAAAUCUUAGUCCAAGUAGUUCGAACUUGGAAGCUGCUAAUGGCAAUGUUGAUGGUUUCGAGUCUUUGUCACCAAAUGUUCUUGCCGUAGUAGCAAAGAAAACUUUAGAAGCUUGGGAUGUUCUCAGGUCUGGGGUGGAAAAGUUGUUGUUGGUAUAUCCUGUAAAAGUUUGCAAGUAUUGUUCUGAGGUUCAUGUUGGGCCGUCUGGCCAUAAAGCUAGGCUAUGUGGAGUGUUUAAGCAUGAGAGUUGGAAAGGAGCUCACUUUUGGACUAAAGCUAAUGUGGAUAAUUUAGUGCCGCCAAAAAUUGUAUGGAGACGAAGGCCUCAAGAUCCUCCUGUACUUGUGAAUGAAGGGAGAGAUUUCUAUGGACGCGUUCCAGCUGUACUGGAUUUGUGCACAAAAGCUGGUGUCAUCGUGCCUGCCAAAUAUAAUGUUUUGAUGAAAGUGCAAGGUUUGUCUGGUCCGGCCAAUUAUAAGUUUGCAGCGGCAUUAGAAGGUCAAACAACAAACUGAAUCAUAAUCUGACACUCAAUCAUUUGGAGAAGAAAUCUGAGAGAUUCCUUUCAUCUGCCAUUUCCUGCAUAAUUUGAGGUUGUCUGGGAUAUCUGAAUAUGGAUCUCUGUGCCCGUUCUUCUGUUGGUCACAGAAAGAAAUUUUGAUCCCGACCAUAUUUUGUCUCCCAAAAUAUUUCUGCUGAGCAAAUUUGAAUCUCUACAUUUAUGUGUGACUGGACUUAAUGGACCCGCUUUUCAGAUUUGAUGAAGGUAAUUUAAUGUUCUACUUCUCCAGUCAAAGAUUCCACUCAAUUUUCCUUUUAAAUUAUAUUUGUCCAAUAAGGAAUCUUAAGUCCAAUAAUUGCUGGAAAUAUCAACAUAGGAGAUACUACAUUGUUGUAAAUGUGUGUAAAUUUUUUAUCUGUGCCCAAAAAAUGGCAGUUUAUCGCUGAAGUUUCAUUUUUCUUGAGAUAUCACACAAAUAGAAAGAUUACUUUGUUGACUGAA